AUCACUCAGUGACAAAGUUUCCUAUCUUGACUCUAGAACUGAGGCAGACUGAGCGCUUCCAUCAUGAGCGUGGAUCUGUUGGAUUCAUCCUGGGCAAGUGUAGGUUAGAGUUUGAGGCAACACCCUAUGUCCCUGACCCACGGCCUCCUCAUCUAAAAGGAUAGUUUGGACUAGAAAACUUUUAAGGUUAUUUUAAACCCUAAAUCCUGUCAUCCGUUCCUGUCCGGUCCCCAGGUCUGUUAGACCAAAGUCCAUAGUGCGCAGACAGCCCUUUAGCUGACGCGACCCUCCAGGAACCAGAGAAGCCAUGUUUGUCUCACCGUCUCCCAGGGCACCCGGCCUCUCGUAGCUCCCGGGCGUGGCCCUGGGUGGCUGAGUCAGCAACUGAGGGAGGAGGCUGGGUGCCUGAGUGCCACCUGCCUUUCCUGAAGAGUCAGCUCUGCAGGAAUGAGGCCGGACGGGCUGGCCUCCCUGGUUCCCCUCUCCGGGUGGAAGGCCAGCAAGAUCUCUGCUCGGUAUCUCACCCUUGGGAUUUUGAGACGUUCCCUCCAAACCGAGCAGUCUCUUUUCCUCCCCAGUCACCCGAGUCUGCUUCUUGGAAGUCUCGAGGAACUGUUUGAGCCCGACUGAGUCAGAGAUGGGCAAGAGGCACAGGCAGAAUGCCAUGAGGCAGGGCACUGGGAGAGGUGUAGGUGGGGAACAGGGUCUGUUUGAACAUCAUCCAGCUGGUGGGAGAGAGAAGGAAUCCAGAGGCGCGGGAGACCUUGUGGUUCCCCCAGGAGUCUUGGGAGGGGCCAUGAGUGGUCAAACAGGUGAUUGGGAGUCAGGACGCCCAGGGCCUGCUUAUGGCUGAGUCACUCUGUUGUUGUCGUUUGAAGAACCACAAGCUCUGCUCCCCAGAAAACAACAGCAGUGUUUCUGUUGGAGGAACCAGCCCGAUGGUGAGACGGAUGGGAUGGGGGGGGACAAAGGGGCAGCAAGAAAGAUGGGGGGAGCUGGGGCCAGGAGCUAUGUUAUUAUCCCCUUUGCUCCCUCCUCCUCCUCAAUGUCUGGGGCCUGGAAGGGGUAGGAUCUCUGUCUUUUCUAUGUCUCCAACCCCCUACACAAGAAGCUCUCCUUCCCCAUUUCUUGCUUCCAUCCCGAGGCCCCUUAGCCCAGCCAGGACUUCUGGGGUAACUCAUCCCCACAGCAGUGACCUCCAGGCCCCAGAAACCUCUUCACCUCAUGGGGAGUCUUCUGGGACCCCUUGCUCUGCUCCAUCUGGCCUAAGAUCCUACUCCACCCCAUGCCUGGCCUCGGUGACUCCCCUUCCCUCACAGUGGUCUCUCCAGACUUCCUCUGGGCUGCGGAUGGGCCCCCUAAUCCCAGAACAGGAUUACGAACGACUGGAAGACUGUGACCCUGAGAGGGACUGUGACAACAGCCAAGACUCACCCCUCCCAGGGGAUGACCAGGAACCCCUGCUCCAUGUGCCAGAGGGGCUCAAGGGCUCUUGGCAUCACAUCCAAAACUUGGACAGCUUCUUCACCAAGCUCUACAAUUACCAUCAGCGGAAUGGCUUUGCCUGUAUGUUUCUGGAGGAUGCCUUCCAGUUAGGACAGUUCGUUUUCAUUGUUGCCUUCACUACUUUCCUGCUCCGCUGCGUUGAUUAUGAUGUUCUCUUUGCCAACCGACCUGUUAACCAUACACGGCCUGGAGCCCCUGGCUCCCACCAGACCCCUGGAGUCCUUCCCAGCAAGGUGACCCUGUCUGAUGCUAUCCUGCCUGCCGCCCAGUGUGCCCAGCGGGUACAUUCCAGCUCACUCCUGAUCUUCCUUUUAUUCCUGGCCACUGGGUUUUGGCUAUUCCGUCUUCUACGCUCCCUCUGCAACCUUCUGAACUAUUGGGAUAUCCGAACAUUUUAUAGAGAAGCCCUGCACAUCCCCCCUGAGGACCUCAGCAAGGUGUCCUGGGCUGAGGUCCAGUCUCGCCUCCUGUCCCUGCAGCGUGGGGGGGGCCUGUGCGUGCUGCCGCGGCCCUUGACCGAGCUCGAUGUUCACCACCGCAUCCUGCGCUACCCCAACUACCUGGUGGCCCUGGCCAACAAGGGCCUGUUGCCAGCCCGCUGCCCACUGCCCUGGGGAGGCAGCGCCACUUUCCUCAGCCAGGGACUGGCCCUCAAUCUUGACCUGCUCUUGUUCCGGGGACCAAUCUCUCUCUUCCGUGGGGGCUGGGCAUUGUCCAGUCCCUACAAGCGGAACUGUCAGAGGCGGACGCUUGCCACCCGCCUCCGCCGAACUCUGCUGCUGCUGGCACUGGCCAACCUGGCUCUCUGUCCGCUGGUGCUGGCUUGGCAGGGCUUGCACGCCUUCUUCAGCCACGCGGAACUGCUGCGCCGGGAGCCGGGGGCGCUGGGAACGCGGCGCUGGUCCCGCCUGGCCCGCCUGCAACUGCGCCACUUUAACGAGCUGCCCCAUGAGCUCCGCGCCCGUUUGGCCCGUGCCUACCGCCCUGCUGCCCGCUAUUUGCGGGCUGCCGCCCCCCCAGCCCCACUCUUGGCUCUGCUGGCCCGCCAUGCUGGUUUCUUUGCCGGUGCCUUGCUGGCUGUCCUGUUGGUGCUCACAGUGUAUGAUGAGGAUGUGCUGGCUGUAGAACAUGUGCUGACCACCAUGACAGGGCUGGGGGUGGCGCUGACUGUGGCCAGGUGCUUCAUCCCGGAGGAGGAGCUCGUGGGUCGCUCCCCAAAGUCCCUGCUGCAGGCCGCUCUUGCUCACAUGCAUUACCUCCCGGAAGAGCCAGGACUCACCCGGGAAGCCAGCACUCACCACCAGAUGUCGCAGCUCUUGCAGUACAAGGCAGUCUCUCUCCUAGAGGAGCUCCUCUCUCCAGUCCUCACCCCGCUCGCCCUCCUCUUCUGGUUUCGCCCUCGUGCCUUGGAGUUCAUUGAUUUUUUUCGGCACUUCACUGUGGAUGUAGCUGGGGUUGGGGAUGUGUGUUCCUUUGCUCUCAUGGAUGUGAGACGCCACGGCCAUCCCCAGUGGCUCUCGGCAGGACAGACAGAGGCCUCGGUGUCCCAGCGUGCGGAAGGGGGGAAGACAGAGCUCUCCUUGAUGCGUUUUUCACUGGCCCACCCCCGCUGGCGUCCACCUGGGCACAGCUCGCGAUUCUUGGAGCAGCUUCGGGGCCGAGUACAGCAGGAUGCUGCUCUCUGGGCUACUACUCCAGUCCGGUCUCCCCCCACACCCGGUCACGGUCCCAGCUUUCUCAGUGACUCCACGUCUUCACCCGAGGCGCUCCUGGCCAGCCUGAUGCUACAUCCCCUUCUGCCACCCCGGGAUCUGAGUCCAGUUGCUCCCUGCCCAGCUGCUGCAACUGCCAGCCUCUUGGCCUCUCUCUCAGGUUCCACAUCACAGGCUGGCCACGACCCAAGUUGUGUCUCUCCAGGAGGUGCUGGGGUCCGGAACCCCGCCCUGCUUUCUGAGCUUGCCUCUGCUGAGAUGAGUCUUCAUGCCAUCUACCUGCAUCAGCUCCAUGAGCAGCAGCAGCAAGAGCAGUGGGGGGAAACUUCAGCCACGCCGCUCCCAAGGCUCUGGCCCAGUCCCCAGAGGCUACUCACCCCUGAAGAUGAGACCCUGACCUGGCACAGUGAUGGUACCAGCCCUGCCUCUAGCUCCAGCUCCAGCCCCAGACAACAAUGGGGGCCCAAGGGAGCCAGUAAUCUACCCCUUGGGGGGUGGCAAGAAGAGGGCAGUGUUCAGAAGGAGGCAGAGCUCAAUCCCAGCAGUGGUUGAGAAGUCAACCAAUGUGAUGCUCCAUCCCAGUUGGCUGGUUGAGGUUGGGAAGACAAUUAGCCUUCAUCUGCUGGCUCUUAUGCAAGUCAUCAUAAUUCAGACCAGGGGCUGAGCCUUAGUGGAAGCUGGCAGGCCCUUGGGGGGGUGGGAAGUCUUGAGCUAGCCCCAGAGAACCGAAGUGAGGAUGUGUGGGGGGUGGGCCCAUGGGGAAAAACUGGGGGCAUCCCUUUACACAAGAUGAAAGGAGGGGGAGCAGUUGAUACCUCAUCAGCACCAGGCCAAUGACACCCUAACACCAGCAGCGAGACAGGGGAAGCCCCAUUUUCAUUACCAUCAGCCCCUCUUUGAAGGGGGGACAACAGAGCAGGGUCAUUCAUGAUGGUAUGGGUGACCGGAAUUAAAUUGUCUGGCAGCAGUCAGACGCUAGCCAUAAGGGAAGGGAAAUCAAGCUAAGGAGCCACCUUUUCUUUUAGUUCCCUCUGAGUCGGAAGGCACGCAGAGUGGGGGGUAGGUGGGAAGGGGAGAAUUGGUUUUGGGCAGACCCCUGAUCUUGGAAGUCUGUGACAGUGUGAGGGGCAGGGGGCUGCCCCUGGAAUAAAGCACCAAAGAUGGCUGUUA